GAGGGACUUCCGGCGCUGCGAUAUUUUCUUUCCGGUUACUGGGACCUGCGGGUUCUUCCCUCCUGGGCCCUGUGCCCCCCACCCCGCGGCCCCCCGCGGCUCCCCGCCGCCGGGCUCGCCGCCACCAUGAAGAAAUUGUUCCAGGAGAUCAAGGCUGACAUCAAGUUCAAGAGCGCGGGGCCGGGUCAGAAACUCACAGACUCCGUAGGGGAGAAGGCCCCCAAGGAAAAGGCGCGCCAGUCAGCCCCCCGGCAGCCCCGCCAGGGACCCACCGAUGAGGCACAGAUGGCGGCUGCUGCUGCCCUGGCCCGACUAGAGCAGAAGCAGCCCAGGGCCCGAGGCCCCACGUCACAGGACUCCAUCCGGAACCAGGUGAGGAAGGAACUUCAAGCAGAAGCGACUGUCAGUGGCAGCCCGGAGACACCAGGGACCAACGUGGUAUCUGGACCCGAAGAAGAAGAUUCUACCCAGCUGCCAGCGUCCGGCGUGUACUUCACCUGCCCGCUCACGGGAGCCACUCUGCGCAAGGACCAGCGGGACGCUCACAUCCGAGAGGCCAUUCUGUCGCACUUCUCCACUGACCCUGUGGCUGCCUCCAUCAUGAAGAUCCACACAUUCAACAGAGACCGGGACAAGGUGAAGCUAGGCGUGGAUACCAUCGCCAAGUACCUGGACAACAUCCACCUGCAUCCAGAGGAGGAGAAAUACCGGAGGAUCAAGCUGCAAAACAAGGUGUUCCAGGAACGCAUCACGUGCCUGGAAGGGACCCAGGAAUUUUUUGAGGCCAUUGGUUUCCAGAAGAUGCUGCUGCCCAUCCUGGAUCAGGAGGGUGUGGAAGAGGAGUACUACGUGCUAAGCGAAGUCGCGCAGGCGCAGCUGCAGAACCUGGCACGGCACCGCGAGCAGCUGCUGGCGGCGGAGCCAGUGCGGGCCCAGCUGGACCGCCAGCUCCGCGUCUUCCGGCCCUCACCGCUGGCCUCGCACUUCGACCUGCCUGGGGACUUUUUCAGCCUCACGGCAGAGGAGCUCAAGCGUGAGCAAAGGCUCCGGGCUGACGCAGUGGAGCGGCUGAGUGUGCUGCGCACUAAGGCCAUGCGGGAGAAGGAGGAGCAGCGGGAGCUGCGCAAGUACAACUACACGCUGCUGCGCGUGCGCCUGCCCGAUGGCUGCCUGCUGCAGGGGACCUUCUAUGCUCGGGAGCGGCUGUCAGCACUGUAUGAGUUCGUUCGAGGGGCCUUGCAGAGCGAUUGGCUGCCCUUUGAGCUGCUGGCCUCUGGCGGACAGAAGUUGGCUGAGGAUGAGAAUGUGGCCUUGAAUGAGUGCGGCCUGGUGCCCUCGGCCCUCCUGACCUUCUCGUGGGACAUGGCUGUGCUGGAAGACAUCAGGGCCGCGGGGGCCGAGCCAGACCCUUCCGUCCUGAAACCGGAGCUCCUGGAGGCCAUUGAACAGUUCUCCUGAAAUAAAGGCAGAGUUGGCUUCUGCCCGGGUCUGUCUUCUGCUCGCCUGUCCCUGUCCUGUCCCUGUCCCAAGCCAUGAGAACCUCUGGAAGCACCUGUUUAGUGCAAGUCCCAGGCAAGGGAGGCGCUGGCUGGCUGUGAGGCUGUAGAUCCAGGCUCACCCGAGACUUGGUCCCUUGGGGGGCUGAGGGGCAGCACUGUGCCAGUGCCCUGGAGCAGCAGGGCACACUGGUGGGCAGAGCUGCUCAGGCACAGUUCCCCCGUGCUGUGGAUUGAGGUGGCCCAUCCAGCACUGGAGCUGGUGACAACCACAGGGAAGUGCUGGCCUGACAGCACAGAUCUGUAACUUCUAACUUAUAAACCUGAAUAAACAGAUUUGAAUACAG